GCGGCGAGCAGCAAAUCUUUUUUUCGGAGGGUGGUAGGGAUACGUACCGCCUCUGCUUCACAUCUGAUUGGUUAGGGUUAAGGUUAGGGUGAGGGUCCCUACCAUCCAUGGACCUAUAAAGAAAUCUACCAUCCUACGAAGGAAAGCUACCAUCUACGAAAAAAUGAUUUGCGCCCGGGCCGCCGGUCGUCGUCGAAGGAACGCACUUGAGAAUGAAGCGCAGGGUUCAAAGGGUGUCCUCUGAGCUCACCCUCCACCAUAAGAAUCAGAAUACUGCUCCACACUCCGGUCCGCUUGGGAGCGGCAGUGGGACACAGAGCCAGACCGCCCGUACAACAGCAGAAGAAUAAAAGAAGAAGAAGAUACUAUACCCACCGUAGUGAAACCUUGCAGCUCCAGCCCUCCUCAUAAUCGAUGUACACCUGUCAGUUGCGACCAUGAGCGAGCUGGAAGUGCCCAUGGGGUCGCCCACGCCGGCUGCCUCGGAGCAACUGCAGGCGGACGGGGGGGGCAUGGACUACCGCGACUGGGUGCGGCGCAGCUACCUGGAGCUGGUGAGCUCCAACCACCACUCGGUGCAGGCCCUGUCCUGGAGGAAGCUCUACCUGAGCCGGGCCAAGCUCAAGGCCUCCAGCCGGACCUCUGCGCUGCUGUCGGGCUUCGCCAUGGUGGCCAUGGUGGAGGUUGAGCUGGACUUUGAGUACGACUACCCCCGGCCGCUCCUGGUGGCCUUCAGCGUGUGCACCACGGUGCUGGUGGCAGUGCACCUCUUCGCCCUCCUCAUCAGCACCUGCAUCCUCCCCAACGUGGAGGCGGUCAGCAACAUCCACAACCUGAACUCGGUCAGCGAGUCCCCGCACGUGCGCAUGCACGUGUACAUCGAGCUGGCCUGGGGCUUCUCCACGGCGCUGGGCAUCCUGCUCUUCCUGGCCGAGGUGGUGCUCCUGUGCUGGAUGAAGUUCCUGCCGGUGGACGCCGUCAGGGCGAAGACGCCCCUGGCCGCCGUCAACUGCUGCCGGGUCCCGGACCCCGGUGGCGGGGGGACCGGGACCACCGCCGCCGCCGCCACCGCCAGCCCCACCACCGCCGGCAGCAGGGCGGCGGACGCCAGCGGCUGGUACGCGGCCAUGGCCUCCACAAUCAUCAUGGUGCCCGUUGGGGUGGUCUUCAUGGUGUUUGCUGUGCACUUCUACCGCUCGCUGGUGCGCCACAAGACGGAGCGCCACCACCAGGAGAUCGAGGAGCUGCACAAGAUCAAGGUGCAGCUGGACGGCCACGAGAGGGGCCUGCAGGUGGUGUGACCGCCGCCACGCCCCCACGCUCGUGACGGCCACGCCCCCGCGCUCGUGACGGCCACGCCCCCGCGCUCGUGACGGACACGCCCCCACGCUCGUGACGGACACGCCCCCAUGCUCGUGACGGACACGCCCCCACGCUGGUGUUUACCUAUCUUACUCUUCUUCUAGAUGACAUUCGGUCUAGACUGUACUAGAUACUAUCGGCACUUGGAUUGUUUUAGAGAUACUGCUUACAGUAGGAAAAAGCCAUCACCUAUUUAUUAAGCAGAAGACGAGUCGUUGCUCUGUGGAAUAGACUGCGUCCCUAGUUUUGUUUCAUGAGUUGAUUUGACUCGUUCUUCUGAUUUACGUGUGCAUUGAUUUACAUUGCAGCAUGUCGCAGAAUCGAAUGCUCUACAAUGCUUUAUGACUCAUUUUUGGCUAGCUAUAGAGUGGAAGCCCUUUUUAAUGUGUCCUUCUGUGGCUUUUUAGGAACCGGCCAUACCAUGUUUGCAAGCCUGCCGUCAUGUGAAGGUCAAUGUCUCACGAGGCUUGUCUCAGUUCUAAGUGCUCUCCACUAAGACUAAGAAAACUCCCAAUCCCCCCCACCCCAUACCAUUGUGGCUUAGCCCCGACGAAUGUACCGAUUUUCUUUAGUUUUUUUAAGACAAUGCUUUUUCACCGAUAUUUGGGGCUUACCAGGAUCCGUCUGUAGUAGGCAGACGAAUCCUGGGACAGUAGGGGAUUGAUAUAGAAUAAACUUUGAAACGAGUCGUUCCAAUUUUAGCCAUGGGACUUCACUGGGCUUGGAACACGUGUGUGGGUACUGUCUAGUUACUUACGAUAAAAAAAAAUAUGGUGAUGCUCAUCAAUGCCAAAAUGAGUUUUGUACUUUAAUAAUUCGUUUUCUUUUCAUGUUACCUAAACCUAACUGUUAAACUCAGAAUACGUUUACUGUGUGAUUAAGGCAGGGUUUUGUUGUGGCCAGGACAGUGUAUACUUUUGGGGUCAAACUGGUGUCCCCCACGCCAUCCGAGAUCGCCGCCUAAAACUGUUGCCUUGACCUAAAUGGCGGUGCCUGCAAAGUGUCUAUUUGUUUAUGCAAAUUGUGUCACACGUGGCCAUAAUUUGUAUGAGUGAUUUUGUUUCUGCACAGAUCGAUCCUGUUUUGACACGGAAAAAAAAACAUCCUGCAACAAAGAGCUUAAGAAAAAUGUCUUAAUAAAAGUCACGGGUCUGCAUUCUUCAGCUUGUUCCUGUUGCAUCCCUCACUCACUCGAAGGGUUGGCCUGGAGAGACGCAGAGUUCCUAACGUGUGAGGAAGCACCCAGAGCGGAGCCACAUAUAGAGCGGCGUGUCAGCAGUCCUGCUAGUCAAUAUCAGUGUAGUGUAAGUAUACUGCAGAGUAAAGGCCUGGAUUAAACCUGUGCAUAUCCUAGUUUAGAGCUUCCAACAUGACAGUACCUCAGACGUAUUUAAGUAAGGGAAACCAUGAAUUGGUGUUCAAUAGUUUUAUAAUGGCAAAUAAGUCCAUUCACUAUAAACGGGCUGUUAAGAGUGAAAUGUAUAAUUAUGAAACACAGGAAACGGUCCAUGACAGUUGAUCAGUCACAUUCGUACAUUUGGCCUUAAGGAUGUUAGCUACUUGGUAUAUUUAUAAAAUGGAAGAGAUAGAGUUGUGUCUUUCUUAAGGACCUAGCCUUCCCUGGUUAUUAAUUUUGUGAUUAACCGCUUUAGUUUUUUGUUGUCUAGUAGUUCCUUCAACAAGCCAGCAGAGGGCAGACCGUCGGCACCCAGCAGAACCUGGAUCCAUUAGCUGCUCACUUUUAAAAGUGUACUUUUAAUAUACUGUACAAUUUGUUAGUCGCAUCGUUUGAGGGUUGCAAGGAAAACAAUUUCCACUAAAUAACCUUGUUUUAAGGCGUGUCUGAUAAUUCAUGCAUUUCCUCGUCAUUUAGUUAUUUUCGACUCACUUAAACACUGUUCAUAUGAAGUCUCUGGGGACUCUUGUCACAUUUGGUUAUUGAAAAGCAUCGACAUAUCUUGUGAGUAGAAAUGGUUUCAAAUGCCCAUCAUGCCAUUAUCCAAUUGUUUCCCUGGGUUCAUGGUCCCGCAACAUGCACUAUAGAGGAUCACUAAGACAAAUGGCCUUUAGUAACAGGUGCCCUCAAGCCAAUCAUAGCUGUUUCUUUGUGUCCUUAUAUACUGUUAAGGAGGUUCAUCAAAGACGUAUUCAGCCCCCCCGAGAAGGCAAUACAGUGCAGAUCUUACUUGGAUGGGAGUGCAAACCACAACAAACAUUUUUAUUUGAAAUAUAGUUGUUAAUAAUCUCCAAGUAGCUUUUAUAAAUAAGCCACAACUUUGAGUGACUACAUUGUUCUCUGGAAGGUAAAAAACAACUUGAUUGUUGAAAAGCACUUGAAAUGUCAAAGAGAAAUCUGUCAAUGUAGAACAAAACAAAGAAAUGACAACAUUGAAAGGCAACAGAAAUACACGGUUAUGCUGACUGUCUACAGUUGGUAAAACCACAUCGUAAGGCAGCUGACGACCUCUCUGCUCACCUGAGACCUUGCCAACAACACUACUAUUACUACUAUUUUAUUUUUUUAUUCACUUUUCGCCGUUUCCUCUGGUGUGUAAAAAAAAAAGAAAAAAAGAAUUGAGGUGGGUGGGUUUGAACAUGGUUGCUAUCAAUUACUUCUGCCCUCAAUAUGGUCUUCAGUCAUCCAAAUGGAAAAUUCCCGUCCCCCCCAUUCCACUACACAGUAGAAAAGUACUGUCUCAAUUGCGGUUGGGAAAAGUCUUCAGCAUAAAAUCACUAAAAGAGAAAAAACACUUUGGUGUUAAAAAAAAUGUGACUACGCAAAGAAAGGUUAGAACUCAUCAUUAGGAUUUAAACACGGAGCACAGAUACUGCAGCUGUAUUUGUGCCCAAAACAAAAGUAAUUAUAUUAAUACCAAUAAUAAUCAUCAUAGGUCAACAUUAUUUCCCGCCAACUGCAUUCAAAAUCUCAUAAGUCCUUCCCAAGGAUUUCU